CACACAGAUAUCAUCUGAUCUGUCACAAUCUCUGCAGGGUUUAUGAUUUAAAUGGACACAUAAUUGUUGGAAAGAUAAGAUCAUGGCAGAAAAACUGUUUUUAGAGGACUAUGCUACUAUCGGGGUCUAUUUUUUUAUUGUUCUAGCCGUCGGAUUAUGGUCGACAUUUAGACCUAACAAGGGUAAUGCCAAGGGUUACUUUCUAGCUGGGAAAAACAUGCACUGGAUACCAAUUGGGGCCUCUAUCUAUGCCAGUAACAUAGGAGCUCCGAUGUUCAUUGGGCUCGCUGGUUCCGCAGCAGGCUCUGGUAUCGCCGUAACUAUAUACGAAUGGCAUGCGGUGUUUUUCCUGAUUUUGUUAGGUUGGGUGUUUCUUCCAGUGUAUGUUGCAUGUGGGGCAUACACAAUACCGGAAUGGGUAAAGAAGCGCUUUGGUGGAAGACGACUGCGCAUGUAUGUCUCGUUCCUCGCCCUGAUUGGAUACAUCCUCUGCAACAUAUCGGGCGAAAUAUAUACAGGGGCCAUAUUUCUUCAGCAGAUGUUAGACUGGAAUAUUUACCUAUGUGUUAGCAUUAUUUUGGGAAUAACUGCAAUUUAUACAACUGUUGGUGGAUUGGCUUCAGUUAUCUACACAGACACAUUACAGACGGUUGUACUCGUAAUCGGUGCCACCAUUUUGUUUUUGAUGUCAAUAAUUGAGGUGGGAGGAUACAAAGAAAUGGAAACCAAGUUCAUGGCUGCCAUGUCAAAUGAAACCCUUCACAAUCAGACCUAUUACAAAUGCGGGGUUCCCCCGGCGGAUUCCCUCCACAUCUUCAGAGACCCCGUGACAGGUGACAUCCCCUGGACCGGGGCUUUGCUGGGACUGUCCACUCUUGGACUUUAUGGAUGGGACCAGGACCAGAUAAUUGUUCAAAGAACUCUGUCUGCUCGAAAUAUGGUGCAUGCAAAGGCAGCAGUAUUGCUCGGAGCUGUGCUGAAGCUGACGGGUUUUCUAUUGUUCGUCAUUCCCGGCAUGAACAGUCGUAUUCUCUUUACAGAGGAAGUCGCUUGUGCUGAUCCAGAGAAAUGCAUGGAAUACUGCAAUAACAGGAGUGGCUGUACCAAUAUUGCAUAUCCACUUAUGGUUUUGCGGCUACUUCCCAAAGGUCUACGAGGGCUUAUGCUUGCUGCCCUGCUGGCUGGAUUAAUGAGUACACUUACUUCAAUACUGAACAGCGCUAGCUCCAUCAUGACCCUCGAUAUCUGGCACCAGUUUCGUAAAAAGGCCUCUCAGCAUGAGUUGAUGAUUGUUGGAAGAGUUACUGUCAUGAUCCUUGUUGGAAUCAGUAUCCUGUGGUUACCGAUUUUACAGCAGACCCAGGGAGGGCGAUUCUGGUUUUAUAUCCAGUCUGUGAGAUCAUAUCUUGUACCUCCUCUGUGUAUGAUGUUCCUUCUGGGUUUGUUCUGGAAAAGGACCACAGAACAGGGAGUGUUUUGGGGACUGAUGCUAAGCAUAGUAGUGGGGUUUGUACGCAUGGUUCUAGAUUUUACUUUUCCAUCCCCUGCAUGUGGCAGUGAUGAUGUGGACCCUAGACCAAAAAUCAUCUCAAAAGUGGAUUUCCUGCAUUUUGCAACACUUUUAGCGCUAUUUGCAACGAUUGCUAUGGUUGUCAUCAGUUUGUUUACGCAACCUCGCCCUGCAAAUAAGCUCCACCGUCUCACCUGGUGGACAAGGAAUGAUGAUGUACAACCAGAACUCACAGAUGACGAGGAUGAAGAUGUUCACAUCUCUGUUCCCUUGAAGGAAGAAGACUCAAAAUCUAUAGGGAUUCAGGAAAACCAGAAACUGACAUCUGAUGAGGGUGGUUUUAGAAGACUCUCGAUCCUUUGUAAGAAUUGGGUCUGUGGAAUUGAUGAGGAUGCUAAACACACCAUGACUCGAGAGGAGAUAAAAGAAUUAAGACAGAAGAUGACGUCAUUAGAGGAGGCCUCGCGGUGGAGGAAAAUUUUAAACAUUUCUGCCGUAAUCAUUGGUGUCUUUACCGUUUUCUUAUUGAUAUUUUUUCAUUAGACAGUACUGUAAAUGAGAUCUGGAGAUUCUUACCGAUGUUUUACGCAAAGAGAGAUAAGCAUAUUUGUGAUCGACUCUGUAGCCAUUACCUUGCAUUAAAAAAAAUCAAAAAUAA